AUACUUCGGCUAAAAUAAUCAGUGCUUUAACUUUUGCGUAGAGACACAAAAAGAUAACUCUGGAACUAUACAAUUGUAAAGUUGAAAUAAAUGUGGGUUUAGCUCUUUAAAAACGCUGCUGUGUUAUUGGUUGAUGUUACAUACGUCACACGUACUGGGCUAGAAGUGCCAAUACAAAGCACCAACUCUUUCUCUGUCAGAAUCAUUGAUUCGUUUUGAGGUAAAUGCCUCUGAGUGUUCUGAGUUGCGAGUUGAGACAGCGAUUUUACUUAUUGAUUUUGAAUAAUAGGUCCGACUGAAGGGAAAAUUAAGUCAAAUUCCAAAUACACUUGCUACGAUUUUAAGUCACGUCGUAAAUUUCUGACAAAUUCACUUGUUUCUAAAAUGUGAAAGUACGUUACUGUACACUUCUAGCCUAGUUUCAAUCUUAAGUUAAGUUCCUAUUUUCUUUUCUAUAAAGUCAUUUCAUUAAACUCAAAAGGGCUUGUGGUUAUGAUAUGAGCUGGAAAAGUUUUUGGACAUAGUGUUAUUUAGAAAAAUAUAAUAUCUUACUGGUCGGGGACUAUGAUUCGCGAGAUGUUCGUGAGUUCAGAUGAGGAGGACCUCGAGAGUCCGUGUGACAUCGACCCAGAGCGCGCCGGUCUCACGCGGCCCAACCGCGACAUGCAUAAUCGCUGCUGCGGUGGCAAGGCCUGGUGUAUUAAGGACAUAUGCGGUAUAAUAUGCGCGGUGCUAACAUGGAUGUUGAUCCUAUACGCGGAGUUCGUGGUGAUGAUGGUCAUGCUGCUGCCCGCCGUAUCGGCCUACCCGCUCUACAGCUACGUCAACAUAUUCCUGUUCCAGAGCCUCGCCUUCCUGGCGUUCGCGAGCCAUCUCCGCACCAUGUUCACCGACCCGGGCGCGGUGCCAAAAGGCAAUGCCACCAAGAAGAUAAUCAAACAGAUGAGUUUCCGCGAGGGCCAGGUUAUCUUCAAGUGCACCAAGUGCUGCAGCAUCAAGCCGGAGCGCGCGCACCACUGCUCGGUGUGCCAGCGGUGCAUCCGCAAGAUGGACCACCACUGCCCCUGGGUCAACAACUGCGUGGGAGAGAACAACCAGAAGUACUUUGUGCUUUUCACGUUUUAUAUCGCGGCGAUAUCGAUCCACUCGCUGGCGCUGUCGCUUUACCAGUUCGUGACGUGCAUACGGCACGAGUGGCGCGACUGCAGCACAUACUCGCCGCCCGCCACGGUGGUUUUGCUGCUAUUUCUCAUAGCGGAGGCGCUGCUGUUCGCCAUCUUCACCGUGGUCAUGCUCGGCACGCAGUUGCACGCCAUAUGGAACGAUGAAACGGGCAUCGAACAACUAAAGAAGGAGCAGGCGCGGUGGGUGCGCAAGUCGCGGUGGAAGAACAUCCAGCAAGUGUUCGGCCGCUUCUCAAUAUUCUGGUUCUCGCCUUUCACACAGCCCUCCAUCAAGACGAAGCUCGACAGCUACUUGUAUAGCGUUUAACAGGUCAACACUUUUAUAUCACAAAGUACACCAUUUAGCACUUGAUAUUUUUGCUAAACUACAAAGCAUUCACGCGGGUGUACGCGGAUUUGUCGCUGGCGACAAUAGCGCGGUUAAUUGCGAUAUGCACCCGCGGUAUAUUUGUCUAUAGAAUGUACGCGGCGAUGCGGUGCCCAUCGUGCAGUGAAUGCAGGACUUAACAAGCCUUUAUGAACGUUGUAAUAUAAUAUAAUAUUGCUCGAUAAUUUGCCAUUGUAAUCAAUGCAUCUCAGAAUAAGCAAUAUUUUUUAAUAUUUAAUUGCAAUAAUUUUGCUAAGCGUAUUUUUUAUUCGUUCGUUUUGUACAUAAAUUAUGGUCGACGAAAUGCAUUGCGACUCUUAGUCAGUAGCUUGAGUUGGAAACCGUUUAUAUGUAAAUAAAAGGGAAACCUAUUAACAUCGCAAAUUUAACUCUGUACAUUGUACAAUCAAUUAGCUUCAUGCAUGAAUAUUUUUUUUUAUUUUUUUAAUCAUUAUUUAUAUCGGUUUAACACCGAAAAAAAUUAAAAUACUUUUAUAAAUCUUCACAUUAUUUUAUUAAACAAUAUUUAAAAUGUUGAAAAAUUUUGAGCGGUUGAAACGCUCAUAAGUUUUGGCGCGAAUUCUACAGAGCCGAUGACAUCACAGUUCGGACACAACUGACGUUUGUUACUAACGUUGUUCG